AUGGUGCAGCUCCCCUGCGUCUCGGCGCCGCGCCCGCUGCUCGCCGUGCCCGCGGGCCGGUGGCGCGCCGGCGUGCGGGCGCGGUCUAAUGCGGCGGUAGCGGGAUCAGGCCGGGGGCGGGGGCGGGGGCGAUUCCGCGCCGCCGCGGCGCGGCCCGUGGCCACGGCGGUGCAGGCGGAGCAGGAUGACAGCGAGGAGGAGGUGAUGGUGGAGGAGAGGUACGCGCUGGGCGGCGCGUGCACGGUCCUCGCGGGAAUGCCCGCGCCGCUGGGGGCCACCGCGCUCCACGGCGGGGUCAACUUCGCCGUCUACUCCAGCGGCGCCUCCGCCGCGUCGCUCUGCCUCUUCACCCCGGACGACCUCAAGGCGGAUACGGUGACUGAGGAGGUGCCCCUUGAUCCCCUGCUCAACCGGACGGGAAACGUGUGGCACGUGUUCAUCCAUGGGGACCAGCUGCACGACAUGCUCUACGGAUACAGGUUCGAUGGCGUGUUUUCCCCUGAGCGCGGACAGUACUAUGAUGUGUCCAACGUCGUGGUGGAUCCGUACGCUAAGGCAGUGGUAAGCCGAGGUCAAUAUGGUGUGCCUGCGCCUGGUGAUAAUUGUUGGCCUCAAAUGGCUGGUAUGAUCCCCCUUCCCUAUAGUACGUUUGACUGGCAAGGCGACCUACCCCUGAGGUAUCAUCAGAAGGACCUUGUCAUCUAUGAAAUGCAUUUGCGUGGGUUCACAAAGCAUGAUUCAAGCAACACAAAACACCCAGGAACUUACAUUGGUGCUGUGUCAAAGCUUGACCAUCUAAAGGAACUUGGAGUCAAUUGUAUAGAGUUAAUGCCCUGCCAUGAGUUCAAUGAGCUAGAGUACUUCAGCUCCUCUUCCAAGAUGAACUUCUGGGGAUAUUCCACAAUAAAUUUUUUCUCACCAAUGGCAAGAUAUUCGUCAAGUGGCAUAAGAGACUCUGGACGUGGUGCCAUAAAUGAAUUUAAAACUUUUGUAAGGGAGGCCCACAAACGGGGAAUUGAGGUGAUCAUGGAUGUUGUCUUCAAUCAUACGGCUGAAGGUAAUGAGAAAGGGCCAAUAUUAUCCUUUAGGGGGAUAGACAAUAGUACAUACUACAUGCUUGCACCUAAGGGAGAGUUUUAUAAUUAUUCUGGUUGUGGAAAUACCUUCAACUGUAAUCAUCCUGUAGUCCGUGAAUUUAUAGUGGAUUGCUUGAGAUACUGGGUAACAGAAAUACAUGUUGAUGGUUUUCGUUUUGACCUUGCAUCUAUAAUGACCAGAGGAUGCAGUCUAUGGGAUCCAGUUAAUGUGUAUGGAAGUCCAAUGGAAGGUGACAUGAUUACAACAGGGACACCUCUUGUUGCCCCACCACUUGUUGACAUGAUUAGCAAUGACCCAAUUCUUGGAGAUGUCAAGCUCAUUGCUGAAGCAUGGGAUGCAGGAGGCCUCUAUCAAGUAGGUCAAUUUCCUCACUGGAACGUUUGGUCAGAGUGGAAUGGAAAGUAUCGCGAUACCGUGCGUCAGUUCAUCAAAGGCACAGAUGGAUUUGCUGGUGCUUUUGCUGAAUGCCUAUGUGGAAGUCCACAGUUAUACCAGGCAGGGGGGAGGAAGCCUUGGCACAGUGUCAACUUUGUAUGUGCACACGAUGGAUUUACACUGGCUGAUUUGGUCACAUACAAUAACAAGUACAACUUGUCAAAUGGUGAGGACAACAGAGAUGGGGAAAACCACAAUCUUAGCUGGAAUUGUGGGGAGGAAGGAGAAUUUGCAAGUUUGCCAGUCCGAAGAUUAAGAAAGAGGCAAAUGCGCAAUUUCUUUGUUUGUCUUAUGGUUUCUCAGGGAGUUCCAAUGUUCUACAUGGGCGAUGAAUAUGGUCACACAAAGGGAGGAAACAACAAUACAUAUUGCCAUGACCAUUAUGUCAAUUAUUUCCAUUGGGAUAAAAAGGAAGAACAAUCCUCUGAUUUGUACAGAUUCUGUCGCCUCAUGACCAAAUUCCGCAAGGAAUGUGAAUCUCUUGGUCUUGAGGACUUCCCGACUUCAGAACGGUUGCAAUGGCACGGUCAUCAGCCUGGGAAGCCUAACUGGUCGGAGGCAAGCCGAUUCGUUGCCUUUACCAUGAAGGAUGAAACCAAAGGCGAGAUCUAUGUGGCCUUCAACACCAGCCACCUGCCAGUGGUCGUUGGGCUUCCAGAGCGCCCUGGGUUCCGAUGGGAGCCGGUGGUGGACACGGGCAAGGAAGCACCGUAUGACUUCCUCACUGACGGUAUGCCGGAUCGUGCUGUCACCAUCUACCAAUUCUCUCAUUUCCUCAACUCCAACCUCUACCCUAUGCUCAGCUACUCUUCUAUCAUCCUUGUAUUGCGCCCUGAUGUCUAA